CCGAGAAUCGAGAAGCAGCAGCAAUGGCCGACGUCGUUCAAUACCGCCUCGAGCGGAUGGUUGACGAGCUUGAUGAUCUAGAACGAAGAGGAAUCUUCACUCGUACAGAGAUAGCUGAGAUCGUGAAGCAGCGCCGUAAGUUCGAGUACCGGCUAAAGCGACCAAGCCCACUCAAAGAGGAUUUCAUAGCCUAUAUUGACUAUGAGGUUAAGCUCGAUGAGCUCCGCCAGCUACGGAGGAAAGCGGUGGCUUAUGAGUCUAAGAAGAGAAAGAAGAAAUCGGUUUCUGAUUACGCCGGUGUGGCUAGGAUUGUGGAGAUUUAUAGAUUGGCGACUAUGAGGUAUAAAGGUGAUAUCAAUUUGUGGUUUAGGUAUCUCGAGUUUUGUAAACAGAAGAGGCAUGGAAGAAUGAAGAAGGCCUUGGCUCAAGCAAUAAGGUUUCAUCCAAAAGUAGCUGGAGUGUGGAUAUAUGCUGCGUCUUGGGAAUUUGAUAGAAAUUUGAAUGUUACUGCAGCUCGUGCUCUUAUGCUGAAUGGGCUGAGAGUUUGUUCAAACUCUGAAGACUUGUGGUUAGAGUAUCUGCGAAUGGAACUUACGUACCUGAAUAAGCUGAAAGCUCGUAGAGUUGCUCUUGGUGAAGGUAAAGGUAGUUUGGUGCGUGACACAAAAACCGUCGAGGAUGAGCAAUGGAAAGAUGAAAACAAAGAGUUGUUUAUGUCGCUAGAUGAGAAAGAAGGAAAUGAAAAAGAAGAGGAUGGGGAUGAGGACUCUAAUGUUGAAGAUGUUGAGGAUGUGACUGAGAAAGUUGAUGUUUUUCGGGAAAAAGGUUCCAAUGUUCUUCAGACAAUCUAUAGUGGUGCUGUUGAGGCUCUUCCAUCUAGUUUUGAAUUGAGGAAGCGGUUUUUGGAGAUUCUAGAGGCAACGGACUUGGCGCAUUCAGAUGAAAUCCGCAAUACGAUUCUAAGUGACCUGAAGCGUGAUUUUUGCAAGGACCCUGAAUACUGGAACUGGCUUGCAAGACAUGAAAUGAGUGGUUGUAUUAACAAAGAGGCAGGCCUAGAGUUUGCGAAUCCUCAAAUGCAAAAGGCUAUUCAGGUUUUUGAAGAGGGCUUGCAAACCGUUACUUCAAGUUCUAUGUUUGAGAUUUAUAUAAAGUUUUUGAUGGAGGCUAUUGCACAGUCAAAUGGUGAUGAUGAUGAAAUUUCCCCUUCGUCUAAUCUAAUUGAGGACUGCAUUUCACAUAUCAUAACCGUGUACCAAAAGGCUGAUGAAACCGGGUGUUUGACUGAGGAACUUGCUGAUGAAUAUGUUUCUCUGUACUUGAAACUGGGAAAGACUCAUGAAGCUCAGAAGCUAGCAGAAAAACUUUGCUCUGGAAAAUUUGCUGGAUCAGCUAAGUUGUGGCUUUCAAGAGUUUCCAUUGAAAUAAGAUCACUUUCAGGGAACUCAACUCCUAGUAAAGCAGAAUUGCAGACAGUCUUUGAGCUCAUUUCAAAUGCUUUGAGGAAAGUACCAAUCUCAGAAUCUGAGAGAUUGUGGCUAAUGGCUUUUAAAUUCUUUGCUCAUCAGAGAACUUAUUUGGACAAACUUAUAGAGAUGUCCAUCCUAUCAGCAACCAAAAGCCAUGGGAGCGACCAUGUGUUUUCUCUUUCUUCCACGGUGGUGAAAUUUGUUCUUGAAACAAAAGGGGGCCACAGUGCGAGGAAGAUAUACAAGAGGUUCUUGGCUCUUCCUGGUCCCAGUCUUGUUCUAUACAAAGAUUGCAUUGAAAUAGAGACCAACCUUAUAUCAGUGGGUGAUAAAGAUGGUCUCAGUAAUGCCCGGAAGCUGUAUGAUUCUGCUGUUGCAAGUUACAGUCAAGACGUGGAGCUGUGGAAGAAUUACUACUUAUUGGAGACAAAGUUGGGAACAUCAGAGACGGCCAAUGGAGUGUAUUGGCGCGCGAGAAAGACUCUGAAGGAAUCGGCUGAUUUCAUAGUUUGAUCUGAUUUGUAGGUAGGUUGAUGGAGGAAACUCUAUGUUUGCCCCGCAUUUGUGGAUGUUGGUUUCAGUUAUGUGAUCCUUAAGAAAUGAAUUUUGGUUGUAAAAGAGCAGGAGUCGAUGUACUGCUCUAUGAUUCUAGUUUAUACACUAAACACAUUUUUGAUAUAAAAACAUGUUGAAGCUCAUGCCUCUGCGUCUUUGGUUUCACCUUUUCACAUGUUUCUAAUGAAUUUACGUCAAAUGU